UUAGGCGAGGAACCAGAUGUUGCGUCCAAUGAGCAAAAUCAACCUCCCAAGGGUGAACCAAGUUUGAAAAGGUUUCAUAAAGUUGAUGCCGCAGCAGGUCCCAGCUCACAGGCCACUGCUAAGGCUGCUGAUGUGGAUGGUCAAGAGAAUGAAAGCUUUGUCACCCCAGCA